CUGUCUGUAUUUAGUUCAGUCGUGAGACUUGUACAAUGAAGAUCGUUUUUGGUUUAUGCCUUCUCCUCAGUCCCAUUGUGGCCACAUCGAUCAGAGAGAAUUACUGUGAACGUAAUGUAACCAGUCGUACUGUGGUCCCCGUGACCAAGACCAGGACCAUAGUGAAGAAACCGUCGAAAUGGACACCCUGGAAGAAGACGGAAAAGAAACUUGAAGAAUACACGGCACAUGAAGAGCAAAUCACCUAUAAAUUGAUAUCGGAUUGCUGUGUGGGCUAUCAUCAAGUGGAAUCGGGCCUCUGUGAACCGAUCUGUGAGCGUGGCUGUCCGGCUCAUGCCAGUUGUGUGGCUCCCCAGAGAUGUCAGUGCACAACAGGCUAUGUUUCCGCCUUGGAUCAUCGUGAUGGCAGUCAUUACUGUGAGCCGAUCUGUGAGCGCGGCUGUUCGAAGGGCUCGCAGUGUGUUGCCCCUAAUACUUGUUCCUGUCGUGAGGGCUAUAAGCAGCUAAGUCCCACGGGUGAUGGUGUCAGCGGCGAUUGUGUGCCCACUUGCCAAUUGGGUGAUGGCUGUGCCAAUGGCAAAUGCAUCGACGUGGAGCGUUGUGAGUGCAAUGAAGGCUACGAUUGGGAUGAAAAUGAGAAUAAAUGUAAAGAGCUUGCUCGCAUGGCGUCACAGGAGGAGGAAGAGGAGCCACUGUCCACCACUAAUGACAUUCCGCCCACUUCCGAAGAAUGUAGCGAGGGUUUUGUCUUGUACGGCGGUCAAUGUAGACCCGAAACAUUCGACAGCAACGAGGCUGAGGUCAAGGAUUGCCGCAUAGCUGGCUGUGUGGGUCAUCAUCAGGUGUGCAAUGAUUCGGGCUCAUGUCUAUGCGCCGAGGGCUAUGUCCAGGAGAACAAUGCCGAGGAAAAUUCAACUCUCUCGUGUCGUCGUGGAAUCUUGGAAGAGCUGUUGAGCAUCGAUCAGGCUGCCGAUGAUGAUAAUGAACUGAAUCCAUGGACUAUACCCAUCAUUGGUUUGGCCAGUGGUUCACUGUUCGUCCUGUUGCUGGCUGGUCUGAUUGGUGGUGUGCGUCAUCAUCGCCAGCGCCGUGAUCAAUCCGAGAACGAGGCCUUACCCAAAGAACCUGUUCUUCAGUGUGAAUACUCAAAGAAGAGCUAUGAUGUAGACGAAUGGGUACCAUAAGUUCUUGUCGGCUGUGUUAGUUCAACUUUUCAUUGUUAGCUAUUAAGUAAAAUUUAUUUUUUGGAUAUUAAAUUUAAUAAAGUACGUAGACUGAUUAAAUAGACUUGAUA